CGGGGCACGGCCAAGGCUGGAACAUGGCGGCGCCCUCGGCCCCGCGGCCGCCCCGGCCCCGCAAGGAGCCGCAGCCGCUCGUCAUCCCCCGCAGCGCGGCCGAGGAGCAGCGCCUCCGCCUCGAGCGCCUCAUGAGGAACCCGGAAAAGACUGUACCAAUCCCCGAAAAACUGAACGAAUGGGCACCGCGGCCUCCCCCGGAGUUCGUUAGAGAUGUGAUGGGUUCCAGUGCUGGAGCCGGGAGCGGGGAGUUCCACGUGUACCGGCAUCUCCGGCGGCGAGAGUACCAGAGGCAAGAUUUCAUGGAUGCCAUGGCUGAGAAGCAAAGACUAGAUGAGGAAUUCCAGAAGAAACUGGAGAGGAAUAAGAUGAUUGCAGAAGAGCAAACAGCAAAACGCAGAAGGAAGCGCCAGAAGUUAAAAGAGAAGAAGCUGCAAGCUAAGAAAAAUAAACUUGAACAAAAGAAGCAGGAAAAAGAACCUGAUCAAUCCCAAGAGCGAGGCAGCAGCGAGGAUGACGAAGAGGACAGCAAGGAGGAGGAAGAGAAGGAAGAUGACGCUGAAGAGCCAAGUUUUGUGAUGGGAAGAGGAUGAGGCCUUUCAGGGACAGCUGGAAACACUGUUCAUUGCUUUAUAUCCAGGAGCAUGAAAGCCUUUCAUCUCAGCCAAGCAGAACCCAUUGGCCGUACGUUACAUCUGCUUAACGGGGCAUGGCCUUCACGUCACAGGCCCGAGAGAUAAUGAUAGAGAAAUGCCAAAUAAGAGAUUUUUUUCUUAAUUGCUUGUAUAACUGCUGUGCAGUCUGCUCUAAGUUUGCUCUAAAGAGUCAGCCAUAAGUCUCUGUGACCCUGGAGUUCUUUCUAACGUGGCCCAGAGUGUUUUUCUGUCUGAAAGCUAAAACAUAUCCAUUACCAUUUAAGGAAAAUAUAACUGUGAAGGCUACGUAUUCUACUUAUGGCGGAGCUGGUAGCAGUGGGAUACAUGAAUCUAAGGGAAGAGUUCAACCUGAAGUAGAAAAGUGGUCUGUAGCCAGACUCUCCUGCACUGUGAGUGUUCUGAAUUUGGGGUUUUGUAUGGGGUCACCUCUAACCCAAAGAAAUCACUUUAUGUUGCUAGACAAGUUCUAUAGAUUUUUAAUCGGGAUCCCUUUUUUAUUGCUAAAACUUUUCCCUAUUGCUUUUCUUCCAUGUUUUUUAAAUUAAUAAAAGGGAUGUGUUGGAUUGUUCUGUCUUCUAUUUUUUUUUUUUUUUAAGAGGAUUUCAGUAAAAUAAAGAGAUGCUUGCAGGGCUGCAGAAAAGGAGAAAGAGAUCAAGUGAUUUGGCACACGUGAAACUAUGGAAAAGGUGUUAGCUGCAUGCCACUUAGUUUUUGCUUUUGGAUUGGAACAAUGUAUUUUCCCAAAGAUUAUGUCUGUAAAGCCUCCAGGUCCUGUGGCAGAAAGGCUUGGAAUGGAAUAAUUCUGCUUGUGUUACAGCUUCAUGUAAUGACACCUGCCUUUCUCUCUGCUUGAGCUCUCUGCUUUGCACUUUGGAUUCCCCAGGAGGAAUGAUAACAUCUAUAUAUACAUUUACUUACUGGUGCUUAAAUGAAAAGCAUAUGCAGUGGUGGGUUUACUUGUAACUUUGAUUGUUGUCUUUUCAGUGUAUCUUUAAUUAGAAGUGCCUGCUGGCUUUCAGACGUGCUCAUCCCAGAGCCUUGCAUCCAGAAUGUGGUGCUACUUCUUCUCAAGCCUUGGUUAAUGCCAAAUUUUUUUAAGCAAAAACAGUAAAAAGGGAGGAUCUCUUUUUAGAUUUAUCCUUUGUUGAGCAGUGCUGCCAGAAAUCCUGCAUUUUGUCUGAGCUGGCUUUAUGUAAUGGCUUCUCAGUGGUGUUACUGUGGUGGCUGGGAAGCAGAUGUGAUCAAGUGCAAGUGAUGUUUGUGUUUAGUUCCCCUGUACAUACCCAAAGACUUUAGAGCUGAAUAACUUUUGACCUGCAAGGUCCAUAUCCCAGCUGUCCCCCCUCCCAGUUAGAGAUCCGCAUGGAACUGUUUUCUGCUCAGUCUCCCCAGAGGCAGGUUGUGGCAAUGUUUCAUUCCUGAGCACUUCUGGUGCAGGAUGGAUGUUCUGCACCUGGCAUUUUCCCUAUGGAGAGAUGAGUUAUGAGCACUGCUUCAUGUGAAUCCCCCUUAGGGCAGGCAAACCCUGUGGAUACUGUGGGAUAAGCCAUAAAAAUACAGUGUUUUUUAUGGACAGAGAAGAACUGAGAGCCUCACAAAUAAAGAUGUUCUGCCUCU